AUGGCGGCGUGCGAGGCGCUGAUGGGCGAUUUACGCGCGCGCGGCGGCGGCGGCGACGAGGACGACGGCGAGACGGUGGACGACGGCGACGGGGCGGACGUCCGAGCGUACGCGCUGCGACGACUGACGCGAGGAUUGUCGAGCGGACGCGCGGGGGCGCGUCGGGGGUUCGCGCUGGCGCUGAGUGAACUCGCGAGCGAGGAGACGCGCGGGACGACGCCGGCGGCGGCGCUGCGGGCGAUGGACGAGAACGAACCGGCGAUCACGAAGUCGACCAAGGGGGAUGAGGUGCGGGAUAUUUUAUUGGGACGGUUGUUUGGAGCGGUGGCGAUCGCGAUGGCGCUGGGAGAGCGGAAGGAUCUGGAACGGGAGGAGCGCGCGCGGGUCGGCGCGGAGAUCGCGCGGCGCGCGCGCGCGUUGGCGAAGGAAAAGGUGUAUCUCGCCGAGCCGGCCGCGUUGUGCGUGCUCGAGCUGAAGAAGUCGAUCGGAGACGAUUUGUUCGUCGCGGUGGCGAAAGAGGCGAGCGAGGAUCUCUCUGAAUGGUUGAACGGCGACGGCGCCGAGUCGCUGUGGCUCGCGUGCGAGCUUCACGACGUGCUUCCGGCGAAGAUGCGCGAGAACGUCGCGUGGUUCCCUGGGUCGAAAUCCAAGGGUAAGUUGAACUGGAGCGAUGUGUGCACGCGCGCGCACUUGGGGAAGAUUUCGAACGCGCUCUUGGAGGCGGCGCACGCGCACCCGCGGAUGCACGAAGCGUGGUCGAUGAUGCUUCGAGAAGCUCCAGCCGCGGGAGGCACCGUGGCGCUCUGGGAAGUGGUGUGCGAGGAGGGUUUAUUCGCCACCGGUUCUCACCAGCGUCGAUUUCUCGGAUUCCGAGUUUUCGAUGCUCUCUUGGCCUCGGCGACGGCGCAAGAAAUCCCAGCUCUCUUCUCCACCAACUUCAUCAAGUGCUUGCUCAACAACCUCAACGCACCGGAUAACUAUCUCCACGAGUGCGCAAUUGACUGCUUGGCACGGAUCGUUACGUACGCUUCGGACAAAAAUAACGCCUCAGACAAGAAGAUUGCCGUCAUUGCGGCGCUUCAGCGCGAAGGUCCGACGAGGUUCGAUCGUGUGACAAAGACAAACGCCGUUCAAGAGUUAGUGAAUAGUCUGGAUAACAAAGAUGCGGUGCACUACUUGGAGAGUAUGUAUGCGAUCGUCACAACGGCACCGGAGCAGGACCCCGACGUCGUUGGAACGGAGGAGGAGCUCGCGAGCGCAUUGGCCAGCGGAACUGGUCAAAAGCGCCGACUGUGGGCUCUCGAGCAGAUGACGGGUCUCAUCCCGAUGCUUCCGAACGACAAGGUUCUCGAGCUCAUGCAGUUCAUGCUUUUUCAUGCAUAUUACAAGACGUCCGACAAGACGAAGAAGGGCAAGUCGAGCGUUCCCAAGAUGAUCCUUGAGUCGCCGUUGGAAGAGCCCGUCGGUUCGGUUCGAGUCGCGUGCGCGACGCGCUUCCUCGCGAUGAUAAAUGCGAACAUUCGCGCGCAACGCGCGGCGACGAACAAAGACGCAGACACCACGGGUGAUACUAUCGAUUUGUUGAGCAGUGCAACAUCCUUCUGUCGUUCGUUGGAGACCGAACAGCGCGUCGUUAUGUGCGACGCCAUCCCGAAAGAUUGCAUGGAAGUGCGAAACGAGCUCUUCAAGGCGCUCGAUCUGUGCGAAGAGAGCGACGACGAACUCGCGAAAAAGGUUAUGCCGCUCAUUUGCGUGUUGUCCGUGCUUCAAGUCAGUGAUUGGCGUGAGUUCACGCCGGCAAUGCAAGACCUCCCACGUUGCGUCACUGAGCUCGUCAGUCCGAAGAAGAAGUCCAAGUCGAAGAAGAAAGACGAGGAAGAGCCAGAGGCGAUCGAUGUUUUGACGGAUAUUCUUCUUAGCCUGCUCGCGCAGCCCAGCGCCUUGCUGCGCGACGUCGUCGAGCACACUUUCAAAGCUAUUUCUGGGAAAGUCUCUAAAGCUGGUGUUGAGGACAUGCUGCGAAUCAUCGCCGGUCCUGAAGCUGGUGAAGGCGACGAAGAAGGCGGCGAUGAAGACGAUGAAGAUGAGGUGCUCAUUGAAGGCGACGAUAGCGACGACGAUGACGACGACGACGACGACGACGACGACGAAGAUAUCGAUGAAGAUGACGACGAAGACGAAGACAGCGAGGAGGAUUACGGCGAAGCGAACGAGGCGGAAAUCGCUGCGAUGCGUGCGGCGGCGAGCAAAAUCGUCGGCACCACCGAUGUCGACUCCGACGAUUCUGACUCUGAAUCUGAAGGCAUGGACGACGCCGCCAUGUUCCGUAUCGACAAACUCCUCGCCGAGGCUUUCAAGAGUCGCCAACAGGAUUUGAUGCGCAAAAAGAAUCUGAAGCGCGCGACACGUGACUUCAAGUUCCGCGUCAUCUCUCUUUUCGAGAUUUACGCGAAAACUCAACCAGGGAGUGCGUACUUGCCAUCCGCGAUUGUCACGCUCUUGGAUGCUAUGCGUGAAUCCUUGGGUAAGCAAGACCCGCAGAGCACUCAACUCGCCGAACGCAUCUCUUCACUCAUCGUGAAGCACAUCUCACACGCCCGAGACCUUCCAGAAGGUGACGACGAAGACGUCGCGGCUGCGGCUAUUGAGUCCAAGCUCAAGUCCGUCAUCGUCUCCGCAAAUCGAGGCGCCACCGACGCGCAGGUGUUCAACAAGGCAAGCGGCGCCGCGGCUUCAUAUUUGUUACGAGUCCUCGAAGCCGUCUCUCAACGCGAGAAAGGCGGCAAGGCUCCGGAGCCAGGGCACGAAGUUGCGAGUGAUCACGCGAUAGAAUGCUAUCGCGACGCUUUGAAGAUGUUCAAGUCGAAGAAGAGUAGGCUGAAGACGGGUUUCUUCUCUCAAACGUUCACCAGGCAUCCGGCUCUGGCGGCUGCUUUGCUUCCGGAGCUGUUUGGUCUUGCCGCGCUUGACGCGGACAAACCGAGCGCACGUGGGGAGUUCUUGCGACUCGAAGCGCUGAAGUUGAUAAAUCCCGUGAUUCAGUCAGGGAAGAAACGAUACCCCGGGCUCGCGAAAAUGGUUGCCAAAUCGAUGAAGAUGAUUUCGACGUCCCUCGCCAGUGCCAUCGGCGCGACGUACAAGAACAAGAAUACGCGCGCGGAUGCGUGCCAGCAGAUCGUCAUUUGUAUCGAAUCGAUCGACCGCUUACUUGGAGACGCAUCGAUCACGUCGGUCAUCAACGUCGAUGGCAUCGUCGCCGCCGUGGCGGAACAGAUGGCGCACCCGCCGGCGAUGCCGCAAAAAGCGCAAAAAGCAUUUGCGCGACUCUGCGCGCUCCUCAGUUGCAGUGUUCCCGACGUCGAAAUGCGAGAAACCGCUGAUGUCGAAGAUGCAAGUGCGUCCGAGGACGAGGCACCGCCAAAGAAGGAAAAGAAGUCGAAGAAACGCGCCUCGACGGAUGAUGGUGACGAAAAGUCGUCGAAAUCCAAAAAGAAGAAGCGCUCCGAAAUGAAGUAG